UGCUCACAUCACAACAAAACCCACCUUAAUAGCCUUCUAUGCUAUACACACACUCUCUCUCCUUUCUCUCUCUUUCCCUGUCUAUCGCGGAGCUAGCUGAAGCUGCUCCCCUCCCAACUCUUAGGGUUUUUUUUUUUGAAUUUGUUUUUGCCUUUUCCGGCCAAAACCCACCUAAAACCUUGUCAAAUCUUACACAUUUUUGCAUUUCGUUCUCCACAUUUCGUCCCCAUUCUGUCUUUUCAUACAUUUCUUCAGAGGAUAAUCCAAUAGCUUCUUAUUUGCUAACCUAAAAUCGACCAAUUCAUGGCCAAAACCAAACCUGGAAAAAAAGACCUUGAUUCUUACACUAUCAAAGGAACCACCAAAGUUGUUCGACCUGGUGAUUGUGUUUUGAUGCGCCCAUCGGACUCUGAUAAGCCUCCUUAUGUGGCGCGCGUUGAGAAAAUUGAGGCUGAUCAUCGGAACAAUGUUAAAGUCCGUGUCCGGUGGUAUUAUCGACCUGAGGAAUCAAUUGGUGGCCGCCGCCAAUUCCAUGGGGCAAAAGAGCUUUUCUUAUCAGAUCAUUAUGAUGUGCAAAGUGCCCAUACAAUUGAAGGCAAGUGCGUUGUGCACUCCUUCAAGAACUACACUAAACUUGAAAAUGUUGGAGCUGAGGAUUACUUUUGUAGGUUUGAAUACAAGGCCGCCACUGGUGGGUUCACCCCUGAUCGUGUAGCUGUGUACUGUAAAUGUGAAAUGCCAUACAAUCCGGAUGAUCUAAUGGUUCAAUGCGAGGGAUGCAAAGACUGGUUUCAUCCAUCUUGUAUGGGUAUGACUAUUGAAGAAGCCAAAAAGUUGGAUCACUUUCUCUGUUCAGACUGCUCCUCUGAUGAUGAUGCAAAAAGAUCUUUGAAUGCAUUUCCAGUAUCACCUUCUGUUGAGGCCAAGAGUACUGUCUAUCAAAGGAGUGAUGAUAUGGGGUCCUAUACCCUGAAGAAAUUGGAAAUUUGAUUGCCAUGGCUGACUUUUCAAAGUGGUUUUGAAUCAACAGCCAGUGCUUUGCUUAAGCAUAGGCAACUAGUGAAGUGGAGACAAAGCGAAGGAAGAGGUAACGUAUGAUCAAGAUGUGUGAUGGGGAGGUACUUUUCUUGCACAUUAGCUCCAGUAUGUUGUUGUUGUUCUUGUUGAAUUGUACAGUGCUGAGAAGAUGCUAUGUUUGCACAAACAAGAGGCUUUUAUUAUUAUUCAUCAUUCCGUAGUGUUUGUAUGUGUGAAUGGACUUAGGAGAUGAAGACUGUGCCAAAUGGUUGUCAUCGCGGGUAAUGUGCCAAAAAUUAUGCCCCAUUGAUGACAAAUCAAGCUGAACAUCUAAAGGACCAUCGCUUUUCAUUUUCUUUUCUUUUCUUUUCUUUUCUUUUUUUGAUAUUGCUGUAACUAUAUGCAUGGUAGAACUCUUUUGUACCCUCCCCCUCCCUUCUCUCAAGAGAUAAUAAGAAAGAGAGUUGUAGUUGAGCAAGAA